GGGAGACCGGCAGUGGCUAGCUUCACAAAGUUAGGUUAGCUCAUUAGCUAGCAAGCUAGGUCACAAACCUCAAAUACAGCAGUCAUGUCGACGGCGAUGAACUUUGGAAACAAGACUUUUAAACCUCGGCCGCCUGAUAAAGGCUCUUUCCCCUUAGAUCAUUUCGGUGAUUGUAAAUCGUUUAAAGAGAAGUUCAUGCGCUGCCUCAGCGACAACAACUUCGACAACUCGCUGUGUCGCAUUCAGUCUAAAGAGUACCUGGAGUGUAGAAUGGAGAGGCAGCUGAUGGCCAAGGAGCCUUUGGAAAAGCUGGGCUUCAAGGAUUUGAUGGACCAGCCCCAGGCACAAAACAAGGAAGCAAACCCUUAGAAAAAGCUAAUUAAAAAGAUCAUUGUCUUUCCACUGCAUUAGGUUAUUUAAAUUGUAAACUUUAUGUAAAUGAUGUACAUAUAAAAGUGUUUGAUAUAA